AUGUCCCAUCGGUUGAAACCACCAGAAGAGGAUCUCCCACCAUACCGCGGCCACAGCAAGAGGCGCAAGUGCCCAUCCCGAGAGCCAGGCGUGCUCUCGCGGGAGCAGUAA